CUCACCCAUAGGAUUCCACUAUCAAUCCCCAUAUUUAGACACCCAUCCCCCAACUAUUUUAUAUUUCCAGAUUAGGACCUGAAAGGUUCUCGCCCCAAUUUCGUAACUAAUUCCAAUUCGGCCCCGCGGAAUUAUUCUAUAGCAUCCUUUAUUCCUCCGGACGUGAUUUAAGUCGUAUCCGUUGUUCGAUUUGGGCAGAAUCAGUGGAGCUAGGGUUCUGGUUGUUUAUCGGAAUUGGUGCGAUGAAGAUCGAGCAAUUGGACGAGGUAGAGUGUGGAGGGGACGACAGCGUUUUGGGGAGGCAGGUUGUGAGGGUCGACGCCAAGAGAGCGCUGGUUGGAGCCGGGGCUCGGAUCCUGUUCUACCCGACCCUUUUGUAUAAUGUGCUUCGCAACAAGAUCGAGUCCGAGUUCAGAUGGUGGGACGAAGUUGAUCAGUUUCUGCUACUGGGUGCGGUUCCAUUCCCCAAAGAUGUUCCACGGUUGAAGCAGCUUGGUGUUGGUGGUGUUAUCACUCUGAAUGAACCUUAUGAAACUUUGGUUCCGUCGUCCUUGUAUCAUGCCCAUGAGAUUGACCACCUAGUAAUCCCCACAAGAGAUUACCUCUUUGCCCCUUCAUUCGUGGAUAUCAACCGAGCUGUGGACUUCAUUCACCAGAAUGCAUCUUGUGGUAGAACUACUUAUGUUCACUGUAAAGCUGGGCGAGGAAGGAGUACAACCAUUGUUCUCUGCUAUUUGGUGAGGUAUAAGCACAUGACCCCUGUUGAUGCCCUGGAAUAUGUGCGGUCCAGAAGACCUCGGGUGCUGCUAGCCCCCAGACAGUGGAAGGCAGUUCAAGAGUACAGCAAGCGCGAACCAUCUACAAUGUUGCGCUCUCCUUCAGGGGAUGUAGUUCUGAUAACGAAAGCUGAUCUUGAAGGAUAUCAUGGCAAUUAUGAUGGUGAUGCUGGUAGACGGCUGGACAUUGUUCCCGUGGUGAAGGCCCGGCCUAUGAUAGCAAGACUAUCUUGUCUUUUUGCAUCCUUGAAAGUGUCUGGUGGUUUUAUGCCAGAACCAAGGCGACUACCAGUGCCGGAGGCCCGAGCUUGCUAAGCCUUGCUGCACGUCAGGAAUUUGUAAGGAGUUGGUUACUUGUGCCGGAGAGCAUUAUGGAAAUAAGUUUGGAAUUGUUAUUGAUUUUCCAUCUUUGCGGUUGCUUUGUGUUUAAGAGAGAGAGGCAGAGAGAGAGAGAGGUAAAAUGGCAGAGCUCUUUAAGUUUGUGUAUGACACUGGAUUGAUGGGUGAGGCAUGGCUCUGCGAUAGCUUUGUGUUUGAGAGAGACAGGAAUAGAGAGAGAGAGA